AUUUCAAAUCAAAUCCCUCCUCCCCAACCCUUUCAGCAUCGGCACUCCUUCCUUCCCCCACGCUCCCUCGCCGCCAGAACCCUAGGAAGCUUCUAGAACCACCCGCGAGAUGAUGCUCCGUACUCCGCCGCAGCGGAAGCGGCGCGCCGAAGCCGACGCCGACGCCGACCUAGACCUCGACCUCGACCCUGACCUCGCCGCCGCCGUCGCCGUCGCCACCGGCCGGACCCCCGUCUCCGACCGCCGCCUCGUGCUCUACGACCGCCCCGCAGGCCUCGUAGCCGCGGCCGGCCCCGGCGAGCCCUCCGACGACAUGGUCUGCACCUACCACUGCCGUCAGAUGGUGAAGUCCGAGUUCGUGGUGGCACUGGACACCGCAGAGAAGCAUGUUCAGGAGUAUCGAGUUUUACUUGACACAUUGGAGAAGCAAAUAUCCAAGAGUGAGGAUGAAAGGACUACAUAUAAGGAUAAACUGAACUACGUUGAACAAGAACUAGCAGCAACAAAAGGGCGGGAGAGUGCAUUGCAAGAACGGCUAUUGAAGGAGCUGGAUGGGUAUAACGAACGAUACCGAGAUCAAGUCAAGAAGAGAGGGGAACUUGAGGUUCAACUCAAUAAAGAGAUUGAUUCUCGAAUUAGUGCCGAAACAUCAGCAGCAUCUGCGAAGGAGUCGGUGAAGGAGUUGGAACGGACUUUGCAGAAAUUGUCAGAAAGUUCAGAAAGGGAGAAGAAAGCCCUUAAGAAGGAACUUUCAUAUAUGCAAGACGACUCAAAACUAUCCAUCGCUAAACUGAAUGCUGAGCUGGAGAGAAUGAGUCUGAGGGCCCAAAACUCUGAGAAGGAAGCAAAGAUGUUAACUGAGCAGUUGGAGGACUUGAAGAAGAAAUUAGACGAGUGUCUUCGCGAAAAGAACGAAACAGAGCACAGGUUAUUGGAUUCUGGUGCUCUGUCUGUUCAGCGUAAUCCAACUGAUGAUCAGAAGUUAAUAAAGCUUUUGCAAGAGGAGCUCCGAAACUAUGAAAAAGAAGUGCAUGAAGCUAGAAGACUAAAAUCUGUCCACACAAAUGUUGAGCUGCUAAGUGAAAAGCUUUUGGAGGAGCAGGGACGAAGGGAACGGGCCGAAACGGAAUUAUCUAAGCUGCGAGAAAUCGAAGCGAAAGCACAUAAGUUGGAGCUGGAAUUAGCGUCAUGUACAUCAUUACUCAGCAACAUACCUGAUGUGUCUUCUUACAGCAACUUUGCAGAUUUGCAACGGCAAGCAUUGACAGACUUGAAUAAACUUGGUGAAGUAACAUCACGUUUGAAAGAAUUGGAGGUUACGUUAGAAUUUGCUGAGAUCAGCAAGCAACGUGCAGAAGGUGAAGCUACCCUUGCCAAAGAGAGAGCAGAAAGUGCUAGCAGGGAGGUGAAGCGGCUUGAACUUCUGCUUACUGCAGUCAGUGAAGAAAGAGAUAGAUUACGAAAAGACCAUACUAUGUUAUCUAGCCAAAAAUCUAGGGACGGAGAUGACACAUCAUUUAAGAAAAUGGAACCAGACCUAUCUCAAAUGGAAAAGGUAGUAAGAGAACUAGAGAGCUCUCUACACGAGCAGAGAACACUAAUUAGUCAAAAAAAUGCAGAGCUCAAUCUGAAGAAUGAAAAGUUGAGCAUUGAAGCAAGAAAAGCAAAAUCUUUGGAGCGUGAGGGAGAUCAACUGCGCUCUCAGGUGGCAUUACUCGAGUCAAAGCUGGGUCAUGGAGAUUACUCUGCCUCAAGCACAAAAGUACUUCGUAUGGUAAAUACUCUUGCAGUGGAUAGUGAAGCAAAGCAGACAAUAGAAACACUGCAAGCUGAGCUAAAGAAAACAAAAGAGAGGCUGCAGGCAAUCGAAGAACUAAAAGGACAAGCUGAUGCUGGAACUGUAGUAGAUGUAAAUGUUGCUGAAAAGCUAGCACAGCUUAAAAAUCAAGUUGCCACACUAGAGAAACGUGAAGAAAGAUAUAAGGCAGUAUUUUCUGAGAGGAUCUCAGUCUUCCGAAAGGCUUGCUGCUCGCUUUUUGGCUAUAAGAUAGUGAUGAAUGAUGAGCAGCAGUCAAAUGGGAUCCACGUAACACGAUUUACAUUGCAAUCAGUAUAUGCCCAAAGCGAUGAUGAAAAACUUGAGUUUGUCUAUGAAUCAGGAAGCACCAAUAUUGUGGUCAAUGGCUACACGUCCCAACAUGAGAUUGCUCAGCAGGUCGAGAUUUUCAUAAGAAAGAUGAAUUCCAUCCCCGCCUUCACUGCUAACCUGACAAUGGAAUCCUUUAAUAAGAGAAGUAUAUGUGCGCAGCCGCAGCUGGAGAAGAAGCUGCUGCCGCGGGGCAGGGCGCCGCUAACGGGGAAGGCCGUGGCCGCGCUCUGCGUCGCGAGCUUCGUCGUGGGGCUGCUCCUCAGCGGCCGGGUGUCGCUUCUGCCGUCGGCCUCGGCGUCGAGCAAGGUGAAGGCGACCUCUGAUGGUUCUGGCUGUGACGACAACAGUAAGCUGGGGCAGAGCCAUGAUCCCAAGGGCAUCAUGAACGAGGUGUCCAGGACGCACCACGCGAUUCGGUCACUCGACAAGGCGGUGUCUUCGCUGGAGAUGGAGCUGGCCGUGGAGCGCGCGAGGAGCGGCGGCACCGGCGCCGGCGUGUCGUCCAGGGUCCCACAGAAGGCCUUCGUCGUGAUCGGCAUCAACACGGCCUUCAGCAGCAAGAAGCGCCGCGACUCCCUCCGCGAGACCUGGGUCCCCACAGGGGAGAAGCUGAGGAGGCUGGAAAAGGAGAAGGGGAUCGUGAUCCGGUUCGUGAUCGGGCGGAGCGGGACGGCGGCGGGCGGCGGGCCGGCGGACCGCGCCAUCGACGCGGAGGAGGCGGAGUACAAGGACUUCAUGCGGCUGGAGAACCACGUGGAGGGCUACCACGAGCUGUCCUCCAAGACCAGGAUCUACUUCGCCACCGCCGUCGCCACCUGGGACGCCGACUUCUACGUCAAGGUCGACGACGACGUCCACGUCAACCUCGGGAUGCUGACAAGUAGACUGGCCAAGUACAGGGCGCGGCCAAGGGUGUACGUCGGCUGCAUGAAGUCCGGGCCUGUUCUCUCACAGAGAGGAGUCAAGUACCACGAGCCGGAGUACUGGAAAUUCGGGGACGUCGGGAACAAGUACUUCCGCCAUGCCACCGGCCAGAUCUAUGCCGUCUCCAAGGACCUCGCCGCCUACAUCUCCGUCAACCAGCCGAUCCUGCACAGGUACGCGAACGAGGACGUCUCUCUGGGCGCGUGGCUCAUCGGGCUGGAGGUGGAGCACGUCGACGACCGGAGCAUGUGCUGCGCGACGCCUCCAGACUGCGAGUGGAAGAAGCGAGCGGGGAACGUGUGCGCGGCGUCCUUCGACUGGUCCUGCAGCGGGGUCUGCAGGUCCGUGGACAGGAUGAAGCUCAUCCACAACGCCUGCGGCGAAGGCCAAGAUGCAGUCUGGAGCGCCGGCGCGACGUGAUCGAUCGGCCGGAUGA